AUGAUGCCUCUAAUAGUAGGCGUUGAUCAAUCCCUGAUGGAUCCGCGUACAGAAAUGGCAGACAUUAACAAGAAAGACUCGAUGGAUGUUCACCAGAAGCCCGAUCCUACAGAUUAUCAAGCUAGGCAUGUUCCAACGAGCUCCAAUAAUGCCCAUUUUCAGAAUGUGAGCGAUAUGACCCACAAAGUUCAACCACCAGUUUUUGCACCCGUCAAAUCGCCCCCUCCGACAUAUAAUUCUAAGCCACCAGCACCUCCUCUUGCUGUUACUUUUCGAGAGACUGGUGGUGGACCAAGUGUAGAAGAGCAGUGUACAAUAGAGUGUAUUCGUUCGUUCUUGGGAUCUUCUGAUUUCAACGAAGAUUUAUGUUUGAAAGCAAUACGACACCCACGUUUGCGAACCCAGAAAGCAAGCAAUGAAGAAGAAUACCUGCAAGAGGUUGUCGGAAUUUACAUGGACGAACUAAACCAUGCAGCUGAAAGAGACCAGCAGCGUUCACAAACACCACGUCCCGCGCAUGGUUGUGCUAAUAGACCUAUGCAAACAAUAGAAGAAGCUGCAGCAGAAAUGUCCCAACAAGGUGGCGCUGUACAUGUUGUUCCUACAACAUGUUCUGGAUCUACGGCAGCUACUGCCACCCCAAUGCCAGCGCUCCCAUCAGCAGCUGAAAGGGAACAAAGCGACAUUGAAAAAGCAAUAGCAGAGUCUCUGAUUUCACAGGGACCACCCGGAAAUCGUUCCUAUGUCUCUUCUCUGCCGGCGAACCCUGAAGAGAUGCUAAGGAAGGAAGGUGUAUCGGUUGGCCUACACAAUACAGGUAACACUUGCUGGUUCAAUGUCGUGGCUCAAUUGUUGUUCCAUUUGCCUCGUUUUCGUCGCGUCGUCUACGAAUUCGUCCCUAAACCAUCGGACACUGUAAAUGAAGAGCAAGCGACCGAGAGUGACUUAGUGGAGAGAAUGCGGUUUCUUUUUGCAUGUAUGGACAUUGGAAACAGACGUUACAUUGAUCCCACUGAAGCCCUCAAAAUUGUUAGCGCUUUGGCAGCAAGAAGCAGGAGUGAUGUUAUUCUUGGACGUCAGCAGGAUGCCUCUGAAAUGAUGUCCAAUUUGAUGGAAUGGAUGGAAAAAGGGUUGGAUGCUCCACAAGUCGAAGAGGAAGAAAAUGCGAAUGAGCUAGCUGCUUCGGAGCAGCAACAAACAUCACCUCUCCCAACAAGCCGCAGUGUAGAUGCGAUGGAAACGUCUCCCGCUGCUUCUCUGGAGCAAACCCCUAUCAUUUCAGAAGUAGCUGCACCACCGCCAAAGGAAGAUGCAAAAAUUGAAGAUAUGGUAACGGAUAGCCAGGUAGUUCCACCACCUGAGUCGACUUCACGAUCACACCUUGACUGGAUCCGCGAUUUGUUCCAUGGAUAUCAAGCAGAAAGGGCAACAAACGAUAAGACCUGGACGAAACUUGAGUAUACGUCUUUGUUUCCAAUCCACGUAUCUCAUGGAAAUUUACAUGAUGCAUUGGAGGCUCAUCAGUUUCUGAACGACUCUGGAAAAGAGCCCUGGUUCGAAUCUCUGCCUGCAGUGCUAAUUUUCUCGCUGGGUCGUUAUUUCUUCAACGGGACCAAGGGCGAAACUGAAAAACUUAACAUGCGCUUUCACUUUCCUCGCACCAUCUUCAUGGAUCGCUACAUGGCGAGUAACUACGACGUUGUCAGCAAUCUUCGCGAGGAAAGAAACCGUCUACGUAACGAGUUGGCCGAUAUUCGCGCUGAGCUAAAAGGAAUGAACGAAUUUCCGGUUGGCGAUCACUCUGACAAGAUUGUGAAUAUCCUCAGAGCAACGUUACGUUUCAUCGAAGGGGAGAAGGCUGAUAGUGCUCCUAAUGAGAAAAUGGAUGACGACACUUGCCCAAUCCCAUUGCCAGGUCCGGCCAACAAAGUCCACUCAUUUGUCGAGGAUAAGCCUGCUGUGGUACCUAGUGCCUCAAAUUUGGCACAACUUUAUGGUUUCAUACCGGAGUUGGAGAAUUCUAUUAACGAACUGCGAUCAAAACACAAACAAUUACUCGCACGAGAAGUUGAAUUGUUGAAAUUGAUUGACGAAAUCUAUGAACGUGACGAAUUGAAACAGAAGGGAUAUCAACUGCAUGCGGUGGCUAUUCAUCAAGGUCACGCUAAUGCUGGUCACUAUUGGGCUUAUGUUCGAAAGGGGAUUGAUGAUGACAAAUGGGAGAAAUUCAACGAUCAGAGAGUGGAAAGUGCAGCUUGGAGUGAUAUUGAAGCAGAAGCAGUUGGAGGCACUCGAACAACCUCUGCUUACUUUCUUCUUUAUGUUAGUUCUGCUGCAGAACCUUGGUUAUUUUCGGAUGAUUGUCCAACCUCCUCGUUCCUUACUGACGAUGUCCGCCAUCAAGUAGAGUGCGAGAACGAAGCUCUAGAAACACAAAUUGAGCGCUACCGUUGCAGUCAAAACGAAGAUGGCAAGGGGAACGCUGAUAUGUAUGAAGUGCCUUGUGAAGAUCGUAGCAGCGGUUUCUCUCCGAUUCCUCCUCCAGUCAACGAUAAUGAGCUCAUGCUUAGUGCUUGUCCGACGGAAGCUGCGCUGGACGACCCGGAAAAUCUGGCUGUCUCUUUGAGAAUGUAUUGUGAACCUUGGUUUGAUGAUGGGUCUUUCGAAGUUGAGAAACGAAAGCUGUUUGCGCUUUUGGAAUUCAACAAGUCUACCUAUCCACCAAGCUUCACGACAGACGCUGUUGUAGAGAUGCAAGCCAAACUUCUUUAUCACAACGUUUUGAAACACAUGUUCAGCGCUCUCGUUCGAAAAGCAGAAGCAUCUGGAAUUGAGGUGAAGCCGGCCGAAAUUUACAAUAAAGUUAUCAGCAAUUUCUACAACGAAAUUGAGACUGUGCAGGGUAACUCGCGAUGUCGUCCACUUCGUAGUAUGCCGGAAUUCUGGUACACUAUGGGUUACCGAUACCCUGCCAAGGCAAUGCGGUUUGCUCUCGUUCGAGCAUUUAUUUGCUCAGAAUUAGAAGAAGUGGCAAAAUACGCUCAAGACGAGAUCACGGAGUUCAUGCAGAUCCCAUUCCAUCCACAUUACAUCGUCCUCUUCCAUCGUGCAACUCAUCUAUAUGAUCUAAUAAAAACGCUGUGGGGAGUAAUACGAUCGGUUGCAGCUGAGAUUAAUCGGCAUCACGGAGCGAACAUGCCAAGACUAUCAUCCAAAUCUAUUGAAUCCAUUGUGAGGUUACUGAAGAAGGCCAGAUGUGUCACCCACAUCUACGAACGAGUGUAUAUAGAGAUUGGUAACAUUCGAGGCCCACAAUAUCAACAACAUGUAGAGUAUGUCAUCCCAAGCUACAUCAUUCGAGGAAUCAAUAUAAUUCCAGUUUUGUGUAUGUUUGCCACGAUUGUCCAGUACCUUGUGGAUCGUGUCGCACCCCGAGAAGACAUUGCUCAAUCAUUACUUGGUUCCCUGAUAUCGGUUGAACUGGAGAUAAAUCGAUUGGCUAUAUGGGCUCGAAAUGGCUGCAGAGACUCGGAAAAGGUGAUAAAUCAUAUCAACGACACCCUCAAUAUGCUUGUUGCUAUGUUCCACACCGCAGCAGCGAACCAGAAAAGAGAAAUAUCUCGAAGGAUCCACGGUGCAACUCAACCUGAUCGUCAUUAUGAUGCUUCUAUGCAGAACUUUGUAACACAAUCUACUGACAUUUGUCACGAAAUAGAGCAGGCUAGUUACCAGUUAUCCCUGUUGGGAUUAGCAGAUCAUGCAGAAGCGGACAAUGUUUACACAAGAAUGAUGGCUGUUGUCAGUGACAUUAUCAACAAUGCGAUGCAGUUUGACGAGAAGACAAACCCAACGGCUGCUUUCUAA